AGAGUGAUUUGGCACACUUUCUCUCUCUAUCUACUAGACUCUACUAUUGUCUAUAUAGAUAUUACACACACCCUUUGGAGUUCCGAAGCUUCGGGUAGCUUUCCUUCGGCGACUGGCACGUUUGGAUUUGGGGCUCCCUCGUUAAUCAAGUUUAAUUUUUUUUCUCUUUUCUAGGGUUUCGAGAGUACUGCUUGUUCUGUAUUUUUACGAGUUUUUUUAGUUAUUAUUAGUUUGAGUUUGGAAUUUUGAAUAUCCGAUCUAGGGUUUUCGGUUCCAAGAUUUACUGUGUAAUUUAUUGUAUUCUCCGCUUUAAGUUAGUGAACUGUGCUAUUUAUACGAAAAUUUUCCGUACGUUACCGCGAAUUCACUACUGCUGGAUUGUUGCUCUGAAGUUGAAGAUUGGAAUUUUUUUCCAAGUAGGUAAAAGUGCUCUGUAUAAGUGGGCAGAGUGGUAUAAUGAUGGCCAAGAAAGAUAGAUUUCCUCCUGGGUAUUGUUCUAGUGGUGCUCCACAAUCUGAAGGAUCUGGCAGCUCGGGACGCAAUGACUCAGUUGAUGGUGCUUCCGCCUCUAAGAGGAAAUGGGUUGAUUUAAAUUCAGCCUCGAGGGAUGGUUUCUCGGUACCCAUUCAAAUUAUUCCACUGUCUAAAUUGUCUUCCUUCGAGAGGAAGGAUUUGGUGCUUCGCUUGACAUUAGAGCUAGAGAAGAUUAGACUCCUUCAAAGUAAAGUUGAGUCGCAGAAGAAAACAACUGUAAAUAAGUUUCCGAAGUCAAAUUCAUAUGAUAUUAAUGGACAACAGAAAGGGUCGAUGGUGGGUAACUUGAAUAAUUCUGCGUUGUUGAAUUCUGCAUCUGGGAAGAAAGCUCGUGGUUGGAAUCGAGGUAUAACGGGAAGGUUUCAAUCAGCAAACAACAACUCGCAUGUGAAUGCUAACAAUGCAACACUUAAGCAGUGUGAGGGUCUCUUGAAGAAGCUGAUGUCACAACAAUAUGCUUGGGUAUUCAAUUCACCUGUUGAUGUGGUGAAAUUGAACAUUCCGGAUUACUUUUCUAUAAUUAAAACCCCAAUGGAUUUGGGAACAGUAAAGAGCAAACUCAGUUCAGGGAAGUACGCUAGUCCUUUGGAAUUCCUAGCUGAUGUCCGGCUUACUUUUACCAAUGCAAAGACAUAUAAUCCACCUGGGAGUGACGUCCAUGUUCUGGCCGAGUCAUAUAGUCAGAUCUUUGAAACGAGGUGGAAAGCCAUAGAGAAGAAAUUUUUGGUGACUACUUCCCACUCGGUACCUAAAAAAUUAGGGGGUAAUGAAGAAACUGGAAUACCCAAGACAUUGGCCCCAUCGAAGAAAAGGAAGCUCAGUCCCAGACAGCAUGAAGUAAAACAAGAACCUACAAAGAGGAAGAUGACUGAUGAGGACAGGCAUAAGUUGAGCAUGGAAUUGGAAUCUUCUGAUGGGGACCUACCUGAUGCCGUCAUUGAAUUUCUCAAGGCGCACAUUCCAAAUAGAGGUGAUGAUGGAGAGGAUGAGAUUGAAAUAGUCAUCGAUGAUCUUAGUGAUGACACCCUAUUUACCUUGAGGAAGCUUUUAGAUGAACAUUUACCAGACAACCAGAAGAAUCUUGCGAGAUCUGAGGCCUGUGAGAUUGAGCUACCGAAUGUAUCAGGGCUUAGCAAUUCAUCACUGCAUGUUGACAAAGGCAACGAUAACGAUCCCAUUGAUGAGGAUGUUGAUAUUGGAGGAAAUGAGGCUCCUGUCACUAGCUACCUUCCUGUUUUGAUUGAAAAAGAUGUUGGGGGCAGAGCUGAAGAAUAUAAUGAAGCAGGUCCGGAUUCUUAUAGAGGGUCUGAAUGCUCCAAGGGUUUUUCAGCUGUGAAGCAAGAGCAGGAUGAAACAUGUCACACUGCAGAUUCAGCUAAUAAAAAGGGUGAUCAGGCUGGCGAACAUAUAUCUGCUAGUGAGUUCGAUCACCUUGAAGAUGGUUCAGUGAAGCCUUCGUCAAGUGAUUCAGAUGGUCACAUUGAUGUGGAGGGUGCACAAGAUGACAGGCAGGUCUCCCCAGACAAGCUGUACAGGGCUGCUAUCUUGAAGAAUCGGUUUUUAGACACAAUCUUAAAAGCUCGAGAGAAAACUCUAACUCAGGAUGAAAAGAUGGACCCUGAGAAACUCCGACGUGAAAGGGAGGAACUUGAGAUGCACAAAAAGAGAGAGAAGGCUAGGCUGCAAGCAGAAGCCAAAGCUGCAGAAGAUGCUCGUAAGCGGGCUGAAGCUGAAGCUGCAGCUGAAGAAAAAAGGAGAAGGGAUCUCAAGAGAGAAGAAGCGAGAGAAGCGCUGCUAAAGAUGGAGAAGACGGUUGAAAUCAAUGAAAACUCUCGUUUUCUUGAGGAUUUAGAAAUGCUGAGGACAGCCCCUCCUGAACAACUAGUACUAGCUACCUCUGUUGACGAUGCAAGCCCAGAGGAAUCGCAGGAUGGGUUUGGGAGUUUCAAGUUUGGAAAUAAUCCCUUAGAGCAGCUUGGGCUGUACAUGAAGAUGGAUGAGGAUGAUGAUGAACCCGAGCCCCAAACUGCUAAUCCCAAUGCGACUACACAAGAUGUAGAGGAAGGUGAGAUUGAUUAAGCCUGCUAUCUGCAAGAAUCAAGAUCCAUCCAUAUACUACUCAUUGGAUCGAUAUUCUUAGUCUUCACCUUCGAAAAGCAAAAAAGAAAAUCUAAAAGGGGAGAUGAUAGUAGAAACUAGGAACUAGUUAUCUGAGAUCCAACAUUGUGUGUGGAAUGCGCGUGUAGCCGAUUUUAUGUUGUACGAAUAUAUGAUGAUGGUGUGGUGAAAAUUGGUUCCUAAUUUUGCAGUA